AUGUUGGCCAAGCAGAGAGAGAAACUCAGGCUUGUAAAGCAUUUUCAAAAUAAUGAAGGUGGAUACAAGUUAAAAAACCUUGCCAGCUUAAUGCGUGGCGGGAGGGAUUGCUAUUCAACAUCAUCAACUGCUUUGGUUCAGAGUCGGAGAGAGCUAGCAUUUUCAAAAUCUAUCUCUCUAAUUGCCUUCACUCUCUGCGGCUGUCUAAACCAAUAG